AUGGAGAAUGUACGCGAGGUUCUAGCAGGCGCAAUGUCGCUUGUCUCAUGGAGGAACCUGGCAUUGCUUCUGGCAGUUAUCAACUUGAAAAAUCUCCCAUUCGUUUGGCACUUCCGUGUGCUGUAUCAUGUUUUGGGAAACCUGCGUUUGAAACCUAGCGCCCCAUUUCAUCCCAAGGGGAAGGCAAUUGUGGACUCCAAAGGCAAACCGACACAUCCCAUCUUCGUGCCAAGCAUGGUCACAUCCCGCACACCUUUGCUGGAGACCGAUUACAACUUGCACAAGUCUAACAGUACCUACUUCUCUGACCUGGACAUCUCGCGUACAGCGCUCGUGAGCCGUAUCUAUAGUCCUGGAGUUGGCAUGGUGAGCAAGGAGCUAGAUCAGGAGUUCCUUGCCGCAAGCAAACGGGACGGAAAACCUGCGCCACGGCGUAAGCCAGUCUCAAUUGUGCUCGGAUCCGUCUACUGCACGUUCAAGCGCGAAAUCAAGCCUUUCGAGCUAUAUGAGAUGCACUCCAAGGUGAUCUCUUGGGAUGCGAAGUGGAUGUACAUCUUGACUUGUUUCAUGCGGCCUGCGCGCCGGAGUGGCGGCGAGAAGGAUGUGCUUGCUGUGGCCGUUAGCAAGUACGUUGUUAAAAAGGGACGGCUCACUGUUCCACCAGAGCGGCUUUUGCGCACUGGUGGGUUCCUUCCUCCCGCUCCAGAGGGCGAAGAUCAGCCCGCGCUAGUUGAUUCCUCCGCCGAUGCUUCAGGUGUCGACACCCCUGCUAGUGGCGAAGGUAUCACAGCCACCACAGGCGUCGAUGGGUCAUUGGUUCGGGAGGUACUCAAGAUGAACGAUGACCAGAUCCCUAACCAGGAGACACUCGCGAAGCAACAAAAGGAGAAUACCGACUCGUGGAAUGUCGAAGAAUGGACCUGGGAGCGUAUCGAACAGGAACGACUGCGGGGACUGGAUGUUGUCGCUGGAUAUACCACUUUGGAUGCUAAACUGUUCGAAGAAUGGGUACAAUGA